UGUCUCGGCUGUGCCUCCGAGAAGUCACCGGAAACUUGGGUUCAAUACUGCUAUUACUCCUGUCAGUGACAGUCUUAUUAUCUGCGGUGUAUAAAUCGACGAAAAACGUGUUCUUAUUUACAGUUCAUGAUCAAACAAAAGCGUUUUGGUCCGAGGAUUAAUGCGCACCCCGACCGGUGUUGAUGAAACAUUGAACUUCGUAUGUGGGAAUGCUAGCAAGGAUGGGCAACUUCCAGAAAUGUAUGAACUACAUCAUAAUACAACACAACGACAGAUUAUUUUACCCGUAUCGGUACUUUUCUUAACAGUUACAUUGAAUAUGAACUGUCAGUACCUAUCUUUCCAAUGUAUAAAAUUAUCUUUGUUGAGUAAAACGUUGAGGAAAACCUACCAUCUCACGGGAGGUCUUUCGGUUUACGUACGCCAGUGGCAAAAAUAG